AUGACGGUGCUGUAUUGGCUGCUGAUUCCGGUCCUUGGCUUCCUUGUCGGCUUUGUGCUCGACUACGUGUUCCUAGUAAAGUAUCCCGACGAAAUACCCACCAUCAGAUACAGCCGUGGUUUUUGGUCCCAUGUCAGGAGCAACAUUGGUUACUUUACCAGCCAGAAAAGAUGGAUCCAAGAUGGAUACAACAAGUACAACAAAAAGGGCCUGCCAUUUCUUGUCCCGUCGGGCUUAUCACGGCCUUACGACGUCGUGCUGCCUCGAUCCAUGCUCACAUGGCUUCGUGACCAACCCGAAAGUGUCGUGGACGCGCGAUUGGCCCAUAACGUCGGUGUUUACGGCGACUACAAUUUCCUCGACUCACAGAUUAUUCGAUCACCCUUUGGCAUGCGGGCCGUUCAAAAAUCGAUAAACCGCAGCUUGCCAGGUCUUGUCUCUGGCGUGGAUAAAGAGGUCCAGCAUGCUGUCGACUUGGCCCUCAAGGAUGUUGGCAAUGACUGGACGAGUAUCAACCUCUGGGACACGUGGCGGGCCAUUGUGCCCUCCGCGACCAACAGGAUGCUUGUCGGCUCUACCCUUUGUCGCGACGAACGGUUCCUCAACGCCAUGGUUUCGUUUACACAUGCCGUACUGCGAAACUGCGUCCUGCUGCGCUUCGUGCCGCUCAUUCUACACCCUAUUCUGGGCAGAAUGCUGGCAAUAUCCAACUGGAUCCAUUGGAGGCGGGCAUACCGUAGAGUUGGACCUGUAAUAAAGACCCGGAUUGACUACAUGAGCCGCAAAGCCAAAGGGGACCCGGAGCUGCAGAACUGGUCCCCCCCAGAAGAUUACAUCACUUGGCUGGUUCGCUUGGCCCUGGAGGAAAAUCGCGACCAAGAGCUGGAUCCGAUAGUCAUCUCAAAACGCCUGCUGCCUAUAGAGUUCGCAGCCAUCGACACAACCGUCAUCACGGGUGUCUUGUGGAUCCAAGACCUGCUCAAGACACCGUCCGCAGUUGAAGAUCUGACCGCCGAACUGCGUGCUCAUCAGCCGGCCCCUGGCGAAUCUUGGUCUGCCAAGGCGUUGCAAUCACUGCUUCAGGUCGACUCAUCCAUCCGUGAGUCGCAGCGUCUUAGCAACUUCCAUUUAACACUUGUGGAACGCGUCGUCGUGGCAUCGGACGGCUUGUGCCUACCCGGCCUUGGUUGGAAGAUACCAAAGGGCGCACAUCUUACCGUGAAUGCGGACGGCAGCCAUCACGAUGGUGAUUUAUACCAGGACCCCUACACGUACGAUGCGCUGCGCUUCUCAACAAUGCGCAAGGAGCGUGAGGAGCAUCACAACGCCAGCAAUGAUGCGGCAAAACCUCUCGGUAUGGUGACAAUGAACGACCACCACUUUCCAUUUGGCCAUGGAAAGCAUGCAUGGUAA